AUGGGAGGACCCAGGGCUGGAACUGGCCUCCUCAUACCGCUGUUCAGCUCUGCCUGGAGCCUGGAGCCUCCUCCUCUGCUGAGUGGUGCUCUCAGCACAAAAUGAGUGUUAUCAAAGGGGCAUAUAUUCUGCACUCACUAGCUGCACAAGAGAAGAACAGCGGUUGUUGGUAUGCCUUAUAACUACUCUUCAGAAUACACACCCCUUUGACAACAUUCACUUUGUUCUCAACCAUAAACAACCACACC